GGGGGGCCACCCUUCUCCCUCCAUUGAUGGGAAAUGCAAGAAGAUCUGUGUUUAACAAUAUUUAUCCCCGUUGGUAUUUCCUGCUCUUACAUGAUCCUUAUGUUGUCUCUGGUCCCAAUUAAAGACACUGUUAUUAUGUAUUUUGAUACCUGCACAGCCCAGACUAUUAGGUUGCCUUAGGUGUGGUGACACUAUAAGCCAGUAUUGGGAAAUGUCACUCUGCUUACAUUCCAAACUAUUAUUGUAUAUUCUCUGCUGCCUCUAGCUACGAAAUGCUAAGAGCCAUGUGUUGUCAACAAAGAAACAUUGUCCAUAGGUGAAUUGUCUUUUCAGGCUUUAGUAAAACAUUUAGUGCUAGAUAGUUAAGAGUUAAAGUAAGCUGUGGUAUUAAAUAGGGAAGAAGGCGCGAACAACAAUAGAAGGGGGAGGAGAGAAAGACACAGACUAAACUACAGGAGGUAAAACCAGUGGGGCAAGUUGCAGACAUUGUAUACACUGCAUCAUGUAAAGUAGAUGGAGAGAGAGAGAAGAUUUGGACGAGAGCAAGCAGUGGAUUUAAUUCCAGGACAUUGAUUUAAAAACACAAAAUGGAGUUUAAUGAGUGGUGACUUUUACAAAGCAGAUCAAGAUGGCUGUUUUCUGAGGACGUCAUCAGCUCCUGGGGACCAUGGAUUUUCUCUCAACUACUGGGAGAGAGUACACCACGCAGACAGGGGCGCAUUUCACUAUCCGAUCUGCCAACUCUUUGUCUUACAAUGAAACACGGAGGCCUCUGAGGACUGCUAGGAACCCACGGGAAGAGGAGGAGAGCAGGGACAGACCCGGAACAAGGACUGAAUCAAGACUUCAUUAUCAGCCGAGAACCUGCAGUGGGGUCAACAGUCAAAAUUUGGAAAGAGACAAAUCGCUCAUAAAACAAAAUAGCUUACAAGAUAACAGCUCUAAGUACGACCAAACUGAAAACUCAGAGAGACAAGGUAGAACGGAGUGGCGGAGGAGGAACUUGUCUAACAGGAGUAAAAGUUUGGAUUGGAGAAGUGGAGACAAAAGUCCAGAGCGAUCAUGGAGUUCUAGAGGGGACAUUCUUAGUAGGACAGGGGACAGAGGGGCAGAGAGGACUAGAGUAAUGUCCACAGUAUACGCCUAUAACACCGUAAACAAACCCAAUGACCUGGACACUUCUCAAAGCAAAGCCAGAGGACAAUCUUUGCCAUCUAGAUACACGUCUGUCUCCCUUGGGCCAAAAGGAGGUCAGAGUAUUUUGGAGAGGAUUGAGAAACUUUAUGGAUCUGUGGGGUUUGGCAACGCAGAGGAUUACAAAACCACAGAGUCAAUGACGCCUUAUAAGGGAUCGUUUAGUGGUACCUUUCCCAGACGCUUCUCAACAGGUGAACAGAGAAGGAGUUCAGGGCAAAGCGGGAAUUCUCUGCCGUGGACAGGUUCUAAAGAUACUUCUGUGUCAACGUUUCCAGGACUAAACAGGACCACAACAUCAGGGUGGUGGCAGAACCAUGCUGAAGGAGGUACUUUUCAAAGCAGAGGGUUUACAGAUAUAGGUACAAGAUCACUGGAUCGGGCAAGGAGCAGAUCAACAUUAGCGGUUAAACUCAGAGCCGCCCGGGCUGCAGAAGAAAUGGACAAACCACAACAGUCCAACUAUUUUCUUAAAGGUAUAUCUGAAGUAAGUACAACGCCUCACAAAGAGGAGAUAAAUGCAAUGGAAGAUAUGGACCAGAAAAACUGGAGUAGGAUGACGCUAAAAGAAAGAAAUCCUGGGGAAAAAAUCCAAAUAGAAGACAAAACCUCUCGAGGACAGAUGUGGCUGAAAAAACAACGUUCAUGUGACGAUGUGUUCGAUUCUCAAAAACCCAAGAUCACGUCCAUUGAAAAUAAGAAUGACAAGUCGGUUGCCAUGUCAGCUGCAAGUGUCAGGAAUAAAAUCAACCAAUUUGAAGCUUUGACACAGCGAGCUCAGACCAGUUCUCCAAGGAGGGCAUUUUCAGUGCCAGAACAUCUCAGUAAAAGCUAUAAUGGGGUACAGAGGAGCAGUUCUGCAAAAGCUAUAGGCUCAUUGAAGUGGGGAGGGCUGAGAGAGGAGCAAACAGAUAUCAACACGUUUCUGUCAGCAGCAGAGAAAGAACCAAACCAGAAAAAAACUAUGAAGAAAGAGACUGAUAUAAAAGCGUUCUAUGAUGAUUCUAAAUUUAAGAGAGUUACAGAUCAAGAAUUCCAAAACACCAAAGAUUCUAAGGGAUUUAAUGAAUAUUCCAAGACAGAUCUGUACCUUCCCAUUAGUAAAGACCCCGCUCCAAUUACUAAUAUUAAUAUUGAUGAGACUGAUUUCUCUAAAAUUGUGAGUACAGUGAAGUUAAGAGGCUUCAGUGCAAGCAGUGAUUCUGAUAUUUCUUCACCAACAAGUAGCGACAAUGACAAAACUCCCACAAAUACCCCCGGUACCUCACCCCUCCUGUCUCCCACCACAUUUCCUCAAAAGACGCCCCCCUUAACUUUAAACAACAAUUCCUUGGAUAUUUCUGCUCCACUUACAAGCAACGAACCUGAUAUAGUCUCCAAGGAUACUUUGAAUGGGAAAAAGCGAGUUCUGGACCUAAAUGCAUGGUUGGAUGGUUUGAAUCCACAAAUAAAAGCCUGGGAAGAUAAUAAAGAGGAGGAUGAUGAUAGCACGGAAAAAGAUGAAGAUUCAAACUACGAUUCAGAUUCAGGCGAGUCCUCGGUCACAGUCACCAGUGCGAUGAGCAAUAAGAGCUUCUCAGUCAGUCUUGCAGAUCUGUGUAACUUUGCUGGGGUGGAUUAUGACUCGGAGAAUGACAGUGACGAGUGGCAGUCAGCAGGGCGGCGCUCUGCCUCUUUGAGCUCGGACAUGUCUGGGUUUUCUUAUGUGUCUGUGCUGCCCCCGGAGGAGCUGGACAAAUUAAUAGAGGAUGUCAAGAGUAUUGGAGACAACAACCUGCAGGACUAUGAGGAUGUGCAUGUUGUGGUUCUACAUAAGGAAAUUGGAGUGGGACUGGGCUUCAGUUUGGCUGGAGGGGUGGAUCAGAACAAACCUGUUACUGUGCACAAAGUUUUUCACGCUGGUGUGGCAGCACAGGAAGGCUCCGUAAAAGAGGGGGACCAGGUCUUGUCCAUAAAUGGGUCUGCACUGAGCGGUUGUGCCCACUGGGAGGCGCUGAGGGUACUGAGGCGUGCUAAGUGCCGUGAGAUGGGGGUGGUAGUUCUGAAGAAGCCUGACAUGAGAGCACUGUCCAAUGGAAGAGUUUUGGCUGUGACCCAGGGCCCGUCCCCAACUCAAGUUAAUGAGACCGGUCAGUACAUCACUUUGAGUUUGGAAAAGAGCGACAGAGACCUGGGCUUCAGUCUGGAGGGAGGCGUUGGCUCCAGUCUCGGCAACAAACCCCUCACUGUUCAGAAGAUCUUCCAAGGUGGUCCAGUGGGGAAGGUGGUCCCGGGCGAUGAGGUUUUGGAGGUGAAUGGAGUGAGUGUGGUGGGAAUGAGGCGUUUGGAGGCCUGGACUCUGAUCCGAAAACUGCCACCUGGUCCUGUCACCGUGGUGUUACGGCGACCACCCCAACCUCAAAACACAUAGAGGUGCUUUAGUUUACACAGAAAAGAAUGUUAAUAAUGUAACAAAAUUCAUUUAAUCAUAUCACUCAUGUCUGACUGUUUACACUGUGGAGAUACGUGUGAAAAUGUGUUUUUGAGAUUUUUGGACUUGUAUGAAGGUAUUACAGACUAAUUAUUUUUCCAUUUGGUAAGAAAAUUGCACUUAAUGAGUCAACAAAAAUAGGCUACUCUUAACAAACUAGCUGUGCACUGUGAAUUAAGAAUGAUUCAAGCUUAGUAACUACUUAAUUAAUCCCUUACACCCCUUGAGUAAGUUACUAAACCUACUAAACUAUUUGUUCAAUUAUUAAGUGUUAGAAAAGUCUUACUAAAUGGACAAAUAUCAGAUAAUACCUUGAAACAACCCCAAAAGUCUAGACUUACUAAACACAUUCAUCUAAACUAUUAAAGAUAAAUAUUCUUAGGUCAGUUUCCCUCUAAAGCACUUUUAAUGCCAAAAAUAAACAAAAUGCCAAAAAUCUACCUCAAUGUUACUGUUCCACACAAAGAAGAAUGCACUGAUGAAGCUCUUGUAAUUGUAAUUGUAAAACCUGUAUUAAGAUGAUGGCCAGCCUCUUACCACUUACCAAUAAUGUGACCUUUGUAUGUGAACAAUGCUUUUACUGAUGUUGUACAUAUGUGUAAAUUGCUGAGCACUUAUUGAUUUGUAUUAAAAUACUAAAUAAGAUUUUGUUCCACAA